UUUACUUAUCCAAUUCAUUUAUUAUAUAGACAAGAAAAGAAAGGGAGAGCUAAACUAACGCCAUUGUUCAAGUCUUUCGAUCUCAUACUAGCUAUAGUGCUAAAAUAAUUGAUAUCUAAACUUCAAAAAUAUCAAAAAAAACUAUAUGGAUUCUACUCCUAAUCAUACCCAAAAGCCUCAUGCUCUAUUUGUACCAUUUCCAGCACAGGGUCAUGUGAGUCCCUCAAUGCAGUUAGCCAAACUCUUCCGUUGCAAUGGUUUCCACAUAACCUUUGUCAACACUGAAUUCAACCACAAACGAUUGAUAAAAUCUCUUGGAGAAGAGUUUGUGAAAGGUCUCCCAGAUUUUCAAUUUGAGACCAUACCUGAUGGUUUACCAGAAUCAGAUAAAGAUGCAACACAAGAUAUUCCAAAAUUGCGUGACUCAAUUAGGAAAAACUGUUAUGGUCCAUCCAAGGAGCUUGUGAUUAAGCUCAACACUUCAUCACCACAUCCAGUUACUUGCAUAAUUGCUGAUGGCACUUUAGGGUUUGCUGGAAGAGUAGCAAAAGAAUUAGGCAUUCAAGAGCUACAGUUUUGGACAGCUUCUGCUUGUGGCCUCCUUGGAUAUUUGCAAUAUGAUGAACUUGUAAAAAGAGGAAUUCUUCCAUUCAAAGAUGAAAAUUUUAUUGGGGAUGGCACCUUGGAAAGAAGCUUAGAUUGGAUAUCAGGAAUGAAAGAUAUCAGGUUAAAAGACCUUCCCAGCUUCAUGAGAGUCACUAAUUUAAAUGAUAUUAUGUUUGAUUCCUUGAGUUCUGAAGCACAAAAUUGUUUGAGAUCAUCAACAAUCAUCAUUAACACAUACGAAGAAUUGGAAGAAGAUUCUCUUCACGCCCUUAGGGCCAAAAACCCAAAUAUAUAUAGCAUUGGACCAAUUCACAUGCUUGAUAGGCAUUUUCCUCAUAAUGAAAAUGGUUUUAAAGCAAGUGGGUCAAGUUUUUGGAAAAGUGACGUAGAUUGCCUUAAAUGGUUGCAUAAAUGGGAACCUAACUCAGUACUAUACAUUAAUUUUGGAAGUAUAACAGUUAUGACUGAUCUUCACUUAAAAGAGUUUGUUUGGGGAAUAGCAAAUAGUAAGUUACCAUUUUUAUGGAUAAUGAGGCAAGAUAUAGUAAUGGGUGAAACCGCCACUUUGCCACAAGAGGUUCUAGAAGAGAUUAAAGAUAGAGGCCACAUAACUAAUUGGUGCCUUCAAGAUCAAGUGCUUGGUCACCCAUCAAUUGGAGGGUUCCUAACUCAUUGUGGUUGGAAUUCAACACUUGAGACUAUUUCCUAUGGCGUCCCUACUAUUUGUUGGCCUUCCUUUGGGGAGCAACCAACAAAUUGUAGGUAUUUAUGCAACACUUGGAAAAUAGGGACAGAAAUUAACCAUGACGUGAAAAGGGAAGAGGUGACAAAACUUGUGAUAGAAAUGAUAGAAGGAGAAAAUGGAAGAGAAAUGAGACAAAUGAGCUUAAAGUGGAAGAAGAAAGUUGCAGAAACUACUGAUUUAGGGGGAUCUUCAUACAAUAAUUUCCAUAAGUUAAUCAAAAAGGUUCUUCAUAAUAGUGUUAUUUGAGUGCUAUUAUAAUUGGUAUGCUAUUAUAUAUAUUGUCAUCUACAUAUUUUGAAUUGAUGGUAUAUUGUAUAAGUGUUGGGAGUUAGUGUUUUUUUUCUCACAAUGUUACAAUUCAAUCAUAGUUUCAAAAACAUAUGGUGGUUCAUGUUUUGACUAAGAUUAAUGUAAUUUUAUAACUGUUGUUACUUUAUUUAUCAUUUAUCGUGUUUUGACUAUGAAUUUGGUUUAAAAAAUUCUAAUUGUUAGAUUAUUUAAUUAGUCAAAUAUGAAUUGACAUUAUUAAUUAUAAAUAAAUUAUAUUAUGGUAAAUUGUUAUUAAACACUAAUUAUGAUGAAUUACUUGACUGUAUUUGUGAUUGAAUGGAUCAUGAGAUUUCUUUUUAAAAUAACCAUAUUUUUCAAUUAAAAUACCAUACAAUUAACCAAAAUACUCAUGUUUCAAACAAAAAAUUGAAACAAAGAGGAGGCGCCAAUUGCAAUGGCGCAGGCACUAAAAAAAGCAUACAGGCGUCCGUGGCACAGGCAUAUGCACCACCAAGGCACCAAUGGACCAGGGGCAUAUGUUGUACGCCAAAGAGGAGGCGCCUAUGUGUAUUGACUUUUUUAAAAAAAUUAAAUUUACAAUUAAAAAUAACUAAAUUGGGAAAUAAAAAACUAAAUACUAAUAUUAUUUUAUUUAAAUAGAAUUACAUGGUAAAAUUUGUAAACAUAUUUUAACGACCCGCUUAAUAAUAACGACCACUGGUUCAACACUCCAAUGCUACCCUUUGUCCUUGAGGCUUCCCACAAUUCCCUUGAGGUGUUUGAUGCCUCCUAGGAUUCACUUGAGGUACUUGGUGCGAGGUUCUUGAGAUAUUAGUUUUAUCCAUCAAAUCAAGCAUAUCUUGCCAGCUAUAUUGGGAAGUGUUUUCGUAAUCGAGUUUGGUGCCCAUGUCAUCGUAGUUUGGUCGUGUUGGUUGGGUUACGGGUGGGCGGGCUGGUCGAUUAAAUUAGGACAUUGAUUCGUUUUGGAAACGAAGCAAUGGUUGUCUUGGUGUUUGGUAGGCAUGUGCUGGUUAGGUGAUUUGGUGAUGUAUGUUUGGGUGCUUUGGUGGUGUGAUGUUGGGGUCUAUGUUGGUUAGUUGCUAUGGUAGGAUAUGCUGGUAUCAUAUGCCUCAUCGCUUCUCGAGCUCUAUCAGCAAAUGGAGCCAUUGAUGGAGUGAAGUUAUACCUCUUCGCGAACAUCAUCAUGAAUGAGGUGAAAGAUUAUGGAAAACUCCCUCCUUCGUCCUGAGGCGUUAAGAGCGCCAACCUCGUCCCUUCAACGGAUCUGUUCUUGAUAGCCUUAUCUUCCUCGUUAACAUGGUUUUUCUUGGGCAAUGAAGAUUCGAAUGUGGCGUUUAACCAAAAUUAAAGUAACCAGAAAGGGCCUGCGAAGAGUAAUCUACUUCUUGCUUCGUAUGUUUUAAGGAGAUCUACUGAUUCACCCAGAGAUUCGUAGAGGUAAACAAGAAUCAUUUAGCUUAAAGCAAGUUUUUGUCUAGAGUGUAGUUAGUUGGCCAUGGAAAGAUACCUCUUUGCUACUUGAAGAGACCUCGAGAAAAAUAUGCACCUCGACGGCCAAAGAGCUAUAAAUACAAUAUGCUCUCAUCUGAAACUUCAUCACUGACCUUGUUAUGGUGUUUGGCGAUAUACGAAGUAUAGGUGGCUUUGCCUUCACCAAAUUUUAUGGUGUCUUCAUCCAUGUAUGAUGUAGUUAGGGUCGAAUUCUUCUCCUGUUGGACGAAGUCUAGUAAUGGCAGCAAUAUCGGAGAGAGUAAGGGUUACCAUUCCGCAUGGAAGAUGGAAAGUAUUGUGGCAAGCAUCCCAGAAGUACAAAGAGGUUACGACCAUAUGUUGGCUAUACUCUAGUCAAGUGUUUGACAGUUUAAUAAGGUCAUAAAUCCCUAAUUCUUUCCAAAAUUGAGACUUUAUCUUGUAAACCUUUUCCGACCAAGCAUAAUAAGACUCAAGGUCCUUCGCUAAUGGUAUAGAUCGGAACGCUUUAAGAGUGUUAGUCAUAUAUUAUAAAUUCAGAGUUUCAUGCAUAAUCGAAGCUUCAGUCAAAGACUUCGCUUGAUUUUUCUAGGUUUUAUGAGUUCUAGCAAUUACAGGUUUUCCCUUAUCAUCUAGUGUUUUCUUACUAGCUAAAGGCAUAGUCAUAUGAUACGUAGGAAAAUACACAGAAAAAAGAUUAACAUCUACGUUAGGGGUCAGAAAUUGGACCCAUAAACGUAUGAGUUUCUCCAGAAAUGGUGAAGGGGAUGAGUACUUAAGAAGCAUAGAUUCUUCUUUUUUCCUCAAGAAGAGGGGUGUCGCACGCUCGCGAAAAAUGAACAGAGUCGCCACCAAUAUAUUUAUCCCAUAAGGGAAAGGAAUAUCAGAAAACCUAACAAAGGAAGGAACAGGGUCUUUCGACCAGAGAAUCAAGGUACGGGAGUCGGUUACGCAAGGGGAAGGUAUUAGCACCCCUCACGCCCAUCGUACUCGAUGGUAUCCACCUACGUUUGUUUCUAUCUAAAGGGUGUGUAUCUAUGUCUAUGUCUAAAUGCGAAAUGAAUGCAAAAUGUAGGGAAAAUAAAGAAUUGUACUCGCACGGGCCCUACCCCGCUGCCUACGUAUCCUUUUCAGGAAUCAGAGUUACCGUAGCUCGGCUAAAAAUUUUCUGUUUGUUUUUGUGUUUUUUAGUUGGGCGGCGUUAACGCUCACGCUCUUGCACAAGGGGACAGCCUAGGAUGCAAUGGAGCGGAGAUAACUUGCCCUUAGAAAGGAGAAAAAGAGAUUGGUUUGUAUCUUUUAAGGGUAAUUCCAUGAUGACGAGAACCCACUACAAGGUCUCGCAUCACUUCCUCACUUUUGUUUUAAGUCUGAACAUUUAUUAGGUUUUUUGAAGUGUUUUUGGUUGGUGUUUUUUAAGGGGAUUUAAUUUGUGACUUAGAUCAUACCAAAAAGAGUUUUGUUUUGCAUAUUUAGAGAACGCACAUCGAGGCCUACGCCACAAUCGUUUCUCUAAAUAACGGUUAAGAAAUACAUCGAGGUUUCACACCUCAAUCAUUUCUUCUCCGCUAAGUAAAGGAGAUACAAAAAGAGUUUUUUUGUGAAUAUUUAGAGAAUGCACAUCGAGGCCUACACCACGAUCGUUUCUCUAAACAACGGUUAAGAAAUACGUCGAAGCUUCACACUUCAACCAUUUCUUCUCCGCUAAGUAGGAAAGAACAUACAUCGGGGCCUACACCCCAAUCAUUUCUUUCCUACUAUGAAAUAUAGUAACGGUAUGAUCUUCAUCGAUAUUUAUUAAGUAUUUUAAAAGUCGAAAGGGAAAAGAAUGCAAGAGGGGAACUAUUUCUAAAUCUAGUCUAAGUUGUCUAUACAAGGGAAUUAAAAUGAUAAACUAUACAAUUUAUUAACAACAAAAAACUAUACAUGGAAUAGGUAAAAGAAAAUCAAUAUGCGACAAAUAAAAUUGAGAACUAUAACAAACAAUCGAUAUUCACAAGCACACAUACAUCUAUUAAUUCUAUACAAAAAACGAGACUAAAAAAAAGUUCCUAAUUCUAUUAGAGAAUUUAUUUACAAGGAAGUACUUCAAACAUAUCGUAAAGAAGAAGUUUAUUAAAAGGACUAAAAACAAUUAAAAAAUAUAACAAAAAUCGUGACAAUUAUUUACACACCCUAAAAUAUCUAAAACAAAUUUUUAUUGGUUUUUUAUUUGAGUAAAAAAAGAAUUAUGAGCUAAAAGUUAAAAGAAGGCAAAGAUAUGAAAUCUAAACAGGCAGGGGGGUGUGAUAGCAAUUUCUUAUGAACUAAAAUUAGUUAUGAGGCAGAAACUGGGCCUAAUCAGUGGGGUGUGGAUCUCAAGGGCGCCCAGGGCCCAAUCUAGAGCGUGGUGGUGUAUUAGCAGUGAGGGAGUGUCAUCCAGAAACGGGCAAGGCCCAGAGCGUGUGGCCCAAACACACUCUUCUUCAAUUAUCCUUUUAUUAUAUUCCACUUGCAUUACUCAGCAUUAUUCCAUUUUUUGUCAUUAUCAUGUGGUUGCAAUAUUAUUCAUGUAAUAAAACGUGACAUGCAUAGCUCAGGAGAAGAAAUCAAUUGGUCAAUUGUGUUUUAAGUGACUAGCAAACAAAAACAAAGCUGAACCAAUCACACUGCGACACGUUACCUGCCAAUCAUUUAAGAUAAAACGCACCAAGACAAAAAGGGGAGUGAUCCAAUGGUGUGGCGCCACCUCAGCGAAAUAGAAGUGAACGUGAAAACAUGCAGACGCCGGAAUUCACUAUUCCGGUCGUCUUCCCCAACUCUCCUCUCGCCGGAGAUACAUGAAACUGCCCAGAAAUUAAAGUCGCGGCCACCAAUCGACUCGGUUCUUACCACUGAGUCCAAAUCUGCCAUUCUUUUGCAUUGAUUCUAUGUCUAUUCAUCAAACCGAAAGGUUUUGCAAAACGCUAAUUUACGAAACUUCAUGGAAGCGAAAGAUUUCUACGUCACGCUAAUCCUCAUGUUGCGCAGAGAUCAAGCAUACGAUUAAACGUGCAAAUAGUAGGCAUUUGGCAUAAGAUGAAUCACAUCCAAAAAUCACGAGACUUUCAUAUACUUUCAACACACAGAUGCAUACAUGAUGUUACUCCUAAGAGAAUCUGAGAGAGCUUACCUUCAAGAUCUUGAAUGAAAACUCCAGAAGACUUUGUGAUCUUAGGCUUGGGAUUAUGAUGAUGCAAUUGCCGUAGGUCCUUGGCGUUGGUCUUCACGGUAAACUCAUUUCGGAGAUCUUGCGGUAUGCACUAGAAUGAUGGAGAUUCGUGAAUCUUGACAGCGUUUGGUAGUGAUGACCCUCGCGUCUUCAGGAUUGACAAUGAGGUGAUGAAGUCUAAUGGAGAAUGCUGAAAGUGAUGAUGAUGAUCGUAGAAGGUUGAGAGUGUGGUUAUGGAGGUUGUUGAAGUUGGUGGAGAAUGGAGGUUGUUGGUGAAGGUUGGUUAUGGAAGUGGAAAGUGGUGGUUAUGGUGGUUGAAGUUUGUUACAAUUUGUAACAAACUUUGAAGGAGGAUGAGAAGAGAGAACCGAGAGAGGGAGGGGAGAAAGUGAGGAGAGGGUUUUUUGAAAGUGAGAGAAUCCGAGCGUCUGUGAGUUGUGAAGAGUUUUUGUUUUUAUAUGGUGCAUGAGGUGUAUGGGAGUUAUAGUGUGGGUGAGCUACAGUGUAGCAUUGUGCAUGGCCUUGUAGUAAGGUGAUGGUGUAUGUAUAUUGCAUGGGCCUACGCGCGUAUGACUUGGACCUAGAUACUGUUCUUAGGGAAACAUGACAUGGCUAGAACAAGACUUUGAGGAUCCAUAUCUUGCCCAAUAUACAUCCAUUUGGAGCACCCCGCGGCUUGUUUGAAAGAGGGUAUUGCAGGGAGUGACUUAGAAUCAAGUUUGGUCCAUAUGGGAACUCGUGGAAUCUGAAAAUCAAAUCCAAACUCCGCCCACCACGUGUUUGUUAUAAUGACGAGCGUGACCUGGAAUCCUGGCUUGACUGAAUGUGUGAUAUGAGCUUUGCGAGGGCACGACUUUGAAGACUCAUACUUGGUUCAAUACUCAUCCAAAUGGAUUAAUUCUUGUUUUAUUGUGUAAAGGGCACGGAGGAGAGUAGAACCAUACCAAGUUUGGGUUCAUAGAACAUCUGUAUAGCUCAAGAAAUUGAUUCCAAUAUGGCACGCCAUGUGUUUGACAUAAUGCUUACGCGUGUCCAGAUAUUUGCCCAGCUUUAUGACUUGAUUCAGAUGAAAAACUUCAACUUAAAACUUCAAUAACUCUUCAACCAAGAAUCAAAUGAAAAAGUGUCCAACUACAAAGUUGUUCUCCUCCAUGAGAGGAACAACUUUGAUGUUGGGAACUUUUCCAGAAAAUGUCAUUUGCCACGUGUAAUUAUGCUGUGAAGUAGGCUGAUCAUCAAGCUUUUAAAGGCCAAAAUUUUUCUAAGUAUGAAAACUUUCCAUUUUUGAUUUUUCUCUAUUUUUGGCAACUUUUGUCAAACUCCUGAUUUUAUCCAUUCUUUGACUUUUCUUGACCGAUUUUCCACCAAAAGUCAAUAUUUGAGUAAUUCUUCUGAUUUUGACCCAAAAGUCAACUGUUCUGAUUUUUCCGACUAUUGAUGAAAUUCCUGAUUAAACCCCCUCCAAUCAAUUCCAGUCACACAAACACCUCCACAAGGUCAGCAUGAGAAGUUUCCCACACAUAGAAGCCAUCCAUGAUUAAAUGUUGACCAGAAAGUCAACUGGUUGACUUUGGUCAAAGAAUCCUUGAUUUAAAGAACCAGACGGUUUGCAAGUUUGCACUCUUCAAUCAAUGCCCUGAUUUGAAGCAGAGAGACACCCCAAUCCAGGAGGACUUUAAUGAACAUAGAGCCACAUGAUUACACCUCAGAUCCACACAUUUGGUAGGAAGUCCUCUGCCAUAAAAGAUAUCCAUUGCUAGUCUCUGAUUAAUACCAAUGAUAUGAAUGCAUGAGUUGUAUUAUGACCUAAAUGGUGUAUGCAUGUGAAUUAUAAGCCAGAUGAAUAAGGGUAGGACAAAUUUGGGGUAUGACAGCUGCCCCUAUUUAAUCGUCUUAAACCUGAAGGUGAGAUUGGCGUUAGCCUUUCGAACAUUAUAGGUAGAAGAAGAUUAAAUAUCAAGACCUGAAAUUUGUCCUGAAGAAAAGAUGGUGUGAGUGUCAUUCUUAUUUUUAUUUUGAUAUCUGCUGGGGAAAGAGAAUUUGCUUUUUUUUGGUGAGAAUAUUUGCAGUGAGUAAUGGGUUUGAAUAGUGGUAGCUUGUAACGUAGCCAAGGUGCCAAUACAAGGUUCUCAAAAGAAAUGUUAGAUGAAACGAUGACUGAAAGGAAAUAGAUCUCGUGCGAUCUACGACUCGACAUUAGGAGAAGACCUCGUACGAUCUUCAAGACAGAAAGGAAACAGACCUCGUGCGAUCUAUGACUCAUCAUUAGGAGAAGACCUCGUACGAUCUUCAGGAUUGAAAGGAAAAGAUCUCGUGCGAUCUACGACUCAACAUCGACUCGACAACAGGAGAGGUAGGGAAAAGAUCUCGUGGCGAUCUUAUGACUCAACAUCGAAAGAAAAUCUCGUGCGAUUUUCCACAAUUUGGAAAGGAAUAAGAUCUCGUGGCGAUCUUAUGACUCAACAUCGAAAGAAAGUCUCGUGGCGGUCAACUUGUCAACAGAGGAAGAGGGAAUAAGAUCUCGUGGCGAUCUUAUGACUCAACAUCGAAAGAAAAUCUCGUGCGAUUUUCCACACUUUGGAAAGGAAUAAGAUCUCGUGGCGAUCUUAUGACUCAACAUCGAAAGAAAAUCUCGUGCGAUUUUCCACACUUUGGAAAGGAAUAAGAUCUCGUGGCGAUCUUAUGACUCAACAUCAACUCGACAUCGAGGGAAAAAAGAAGACGUUGUGUUAGACGCUCAUCAGAGAUUGAAGAUACCUCGCAUCGGCACCGUGGUUGGGAGAGAUUUGAAAUGUAGUAGCAGAUAUCAAUCGGAAUUUGUAAGGACAACCUUUUGUGUGGGGAUGUAUUAUUGUCUUGACUGGGUGCGGAUUUGUAUUAUCUGGCUUAUGCUCCGUAUGAAUGUUUGAGUUUUUAUGGCGUAAUGAUCCACUGUAAUGGAUAUGCUACGCUUUCGAGGAUGCAAUGCUAUAUGCAAUGGAUUCUAUAUGCAGAGAGUGCCAAAUAAAGGCCCUUGGUGGGACAGAGGAGUAGGAUCAUUGGGGUCCGUUGCUUGUGAUCUUGAGACGCCAUUGUGGGUGGGUGUUGAAGACCUCAUAGUGCCAAAGAUGAUUGGCAACUGUGUGGAGGAUUAGAGCAUAACUCUGUUGGGGAGGAAGUGACUUUGCUCGACUUUCCUUACAUCUUAUACUGCUUGGGGAAACGUGGGUUUUGAGAGACCACUCUUCGUCUGUCAUAUGGAAGAGGGAUAUGGACCUUUUCAGGUGCUUCAUGCUUACCAGUACUGAUGAGUUAUGCGCUUGAACUUUCACGCGGGAUGAUGACGACCUUUGUGGCAUGUCGUAAGCCAAGAUGACGACUAGAACCUGCAACCUGCACGGAAAACAACGUUUGGACGCAAAUGGUGCCCCUUAGAGCACUUUUAUGUUUAUGUAACAUCAUGUUUCGUUUUGAUUUUGUGAUUAUUAUUCCCCAUGUUUUCAAUGCAAUGUUUAAUAACGAAUUAAAUCACACCUCGCAUGCGAAAAAAUGAAAAGCAGGAAAGAACACUUCUUAUCAAAAGAUCAUUUUAUUGAUGGAAUGCCUGUGAAUAGGCUUCUGUACAAGGAAGCAACUCCUAAAUGAGGUAGUUGCGAAAGGAAAAUAAAAUGCAAAAAGCAAAAUGGCAAAGAGAAAUGCUCGAGUUUCCAUUAAAACUGAUAUUGCUACAAUUCCCAUAUCUUCGAUCCUCUCAAUGCUUUGCUUCAGAAGGGUAGUGGUUGGAUUGAUCUGUCCGUUCUGCCAAGGGCGUAUAGUGGUUUUUGUGAAGGAUAUUCAGACUGCAGCCUCUCGCUUUUGAUCCCUAACUUUUGCCUGGAUCGCCCUUUCGGGUUUUCAAUCCAGCGGGAUGCCCCUUUUUGCCUAAGUCGCCCUUUCGGGUUUUCAACUUAGCGGGUUAUUCUUCUCUUUUUUGUUUUAUCCCUAAUUUUUGCCCAAACCCUUUUGGUUUGCCGGGAUGCCCUUAUUUUUGCCUAGGUACGUCGACCUAGCGGGUCUUUUAUGCGUAGUAUUUUUUGACUGAGUCUGAAUUGACCGGGAGUGGAACGUCUUCCCCAUCCAUCUUUGUCAGGAUUAAAGCACCACCUGAAAAUGCUUUCUUCACAAUGUAUGGUCCCUCAUAGUUGGGGGUCCAUUUGCCCCUUGGAUCAGUGUGAAUUGGCAAGAUCUUCCUUACGACUAGGUCACCUGUGUGGAAUUCUCGAGGCCGAAUCUUCUUGUCAUACGCUUUCUUGAUCCUCUUUUGGUACAACUGGCCAUGGCAGAUAGCAGAUAAGCGUUUCUCCUCAAUUAGAUUGAGAUGAUCAAGCCUCGUUUGAACCCAUUCUGUUUCAUCGAGUUUGGCGUCCAUCAAGACUCUCAACGAAGGGAUUUCCACUUCGACAGGUAGUACGGCCUCCAUACCGUAAACAAGAGAGAAGGGAGUUGCCCCAGUUGAAGUACGAACCGAAGUUCUAUAGCCAUGCAAAGCAAACGGUAACAUUUCAUGCCAGUCCUUAUACGUUCUGACCAUCUUCUGGACGAUCUUCUUUAUAUUCUUGUUAGCAGCCUCGACUGCGCCAUUCAUCUUUGGCCGAUAGGGUGAUGAAUUGUGGUGUUCAAUCUUGAACUCUUCGCACAACUCUGCCAUCAUCUUGUUAUUAAGAUUGGACCCAUUAUCAGUGAUGAUCUUGUUUGGAACCCCAUAUCGGCAUAUGAUCUCUUUCUUGAUGAAGCGGGUAACGACUUGCUUGGUUACGUUCUUGUAAGAAGCAGCUUCAACCCAUUUGGUGAAGUAGUCGAUAGCAACAAGAAUAAAUCUGUGCCCAUUUGAAGCUUGUGGCUCUAUGCGCCCAAUCAUGUCUAUGCCCCACAUAGCAAAAGGCCAAGGUGAUGUCAGAACGUUCAGAGGAGUUGGAGGGACAUGAAUUCUGUCAGCAUACACUUGGCAUUUGUGACAUUUCUUCACAUACACAUAACAAUCACUUUCAAUCGUCAUCCAAUAAUAUCCUGCUCGCAAGAUCUUUUUGGCCAUAGAAUGUCCAUUGGAAUGAGUUCCAAAAGAUCCUUCAUGAAUUUCCCGCAUGAUCAAUUCUGCUUCGUGUCUAUCCACGCAUCUGAGCAAAACUGAAUCAUAGUUUCUUUUGUACAGGACGUCUCCUGACAAGAAGAAUUUGGAUGCUAACCUUCGAAGCGUUCGCUUAUCACCAAUCGUAGCAUCUUCGGGAUACUCUUGCUUCUCAACAUACCUCUUGAUGUCGUAAUACCAUGGCUUUUCAUCAUACACAUCUUCAGUAGUGAGACAAUGAGCAGGGAACACAUGGGCAGGCUCUUUGUAACGGAGGAUCGUUAUGUCUGGCACUUCUUUAGGGGAGCUAACUCUGAACAUAGCCGCCAAAGUAGCCAAAGCAUCUGCCAAUUGAUUUUCCUCUCGGGGGAUGUGAUUGAAAGUGAUUUCCUCAAAAGCGGGCAACAACUCCAAAAUAUAGUCCUUGUAAGGAACUAAAUUGGGGUGUCGUGUUUCCCAAUCACCUCUUACUUGAUGUAUGACCAAUGCAGAAUCCCCAUAAACCUCAAGGAUCUUGAUCCUCAUAUCAAUGGCUGCUUCGAGGCCCAUUAUGCAAGCUUCGUACUCUGCGACAUUGUUUGUGCAAUCAAAGCAUAUUCUGGCUGUGAAAGGGAUGUGAGUUUGACGAGGAGAAGUCAAAACUGCCCCAAUACCAUGGCCCAUAGCAUUUGAUGCACCGUCGAACGUGAGAGUCCAUCGCUCUCCUGGUUCGGGUCCCUCAUUAUCAUCCAGUUUCAUGAUAUCUUCAUCAGGAAAGUCAAACUUCAUUGACUGAUACUCUUCUAAUGGCUGAUGAGCAAGAUGAUCUGCAAGGACACUUCCUUUGAUGGCCUUCUGUGUGACAUACUGGAUAUCAUAUUCUGAUAAAAGCAUUUGCCACCGGGCUAGCCUUCCUGUAAGGGCCGGUUUUUCAAAGAUGUACUUUAUCGGGUCCAUUUUGGAGAUCAAUAGAGUGGUGUGGGUCAGCAUAUACUGUCUCAGUCGGCGAGCAGCCCAUACCAAAGCACAACAAGUUUUCUCGAGUAGUGAGUAGCGGGAUUCACAAUCGGUAAACUUUUUGCUCAGGUAAUAAAUGGCGCACUCUUUUCGACCGGACUCGUCAUGUUGGCCCAGCACACACCCCAUAGAUCCUUCAAGCAUAGUUAAGUACAUAAGAAGCGGCCUCCCAGGAACCGGAGGCAUGAGAAUUGGUGGCUCUUGGAGAUACUGCUUGAUCUUUUCGAAGGCUUCCUGACAACGAUCAUCCCAACGGAUAUCUUGAUUUUUGCGCAGCAGUUUGAAGAUGGGUUCACAAGUGUCAGUGAGAUGAGAAAUGAACCUGGCUAUGUAAUUCAAUCUUCCAAGGAACCCUCGAGCUUCUUUUUCAUUCUUCGGUGCUGGCAUGUUCUGUAUUGCUCUUACUUUAUCAGGGUCGACCUCAAUCCCUCGUUGGCUCACAAUGAAUCCAAGUAACUUUCCAGAUCGCACUCCAAAAGUGCACUUGUUUGGAUUAAGCCUCAACUUGAAUUUACGCAACCGAGCAAACAGUUUCUCAAGAUAUACCAAGUGUUCCUCCUCAGUUUGGGAUUUUGCAAUCAUAUCAUCGACGUACACCUCAAUUUCUUUAUGGAUCAUAUCAUGGAAAAGGGUCACCAUAGCUCGUUGAUAUGUUGCACCAGCAUUCUUAAGACCAAAAGGCAUCACCUUAUAACAAUACGUACCCCACGGAGUGGUAAACGUAGUCUUGGUCAUAUCCUCAGGAGCCAUCUUUAUUUGAUUAUAGCCAGAAAAACCAUCCAUGAAGGAGAACACCGAAUACUGAGCAGUGUUGUCGACUAGCACAUCAAUAUGAGGCAGAGGGAAAUCAUCCUUCGGACUUGCCCUAUUCAAAUCUCGGUAGUCAACACACAUGCGUACCUUUCCGUCCUUCUUAGGAACGGGUACUAUGUUUGCAAUCCAAGGAGGAUACUCACACACAGAUAGGAAACCAGCCUUCAACUGUUUUUCAACUUCUUCCUUGAUUUUCAAAGCCAUAUCAGGUCGAGUUCUUCGUGGUUUUUGUUUUACCGGCGGACAUUCUGGUUUGAGAGGUAGCCUGUGCAUAACUAUAUCCGUGUCUAAACCAGGCAUGUCUUCAUAUGACCAGGCGAAGAUAUCAACAUACUCUCGAAGCAACUCAAUCAACCUUCUUUUUACAUCACUUUCUAAAGCGGCACCUAUCUUGACUUCUCUCUUUGCUUCUUCUGUACCGAGGUUGAUGAUUUCUAUGGCUUCCUGAUGUGGCUGAAUAGAUUUCUCUUCUUGUCUCAAAAGUCUUGCCAAUUCCUCGGGGACUUCACAGUCUUCCCCACUAUCCUCAUCAGCUUGGUCAAUUGGAUUCUCAAGGAUAUUACGACGUGGAACUGUAACAUUAUCAUUUUUGAUGGAAUUCGAGCCAGAUCUGCACGAUGGAUGAUUUAUGCCUUAGAAUGCAACACAUAAAAAGAAAAGGGAAAAGAAAAGCUUUGCCAUUUUUGAAAAAGUUUUUAAAGUAAAAAAACAAAAAUGAAAGAAAUGGAACAGUAAUUGCAUGCGAAGAUAUGAUUUUCAUUCAAUAUUAAACAAAUUGAAACAACAUGGGGGCCCUUCUUUGUACAAGCGGUCAAAAUGCUUAGGGCGAAGCAUAUGACUUAUCGAAACAAGAAAAUUACAUCUCCAUAAAAGUGACUCUGGGGACGUCCAAGAUAGUCCAAUUGUUGAGUUCUUGUCCAGGCGCAGCAUGGCAAAUGAAUCUGGAGAGAUCUUCUUCAUCAUCAUCAUCCACGGCGAGAACCUGACUUCCAGAACUGGUGCUUGCACUGACGAACACUUGAGAAAUGGGGGGAAUCACCUUCUUUCCAGGAAUUAUGCUGAGCUGAGUAGAAGAGGAUGGUUGAUAUCCAAGGCCAUACUUGUCUCGCUUCUCUUGAACGUCAAUCAGCUUGCCCCAGGCACUAUGGGGAGUACCAGCUUCUAAGAAAGCCUUAGCAUCAUUUAAAGACGAGAGGGGCGCUCCGAGUUCCUUCUUAUUCUCGACCACAGGGAGUUUGUCAACUGACACAAUCUCUAAGGCCUGAAAAGGUGUCUCUUGUAUCUCUCCCUCCACUUCAACAUAACGGUAUGAUGCCAGAUUAUUGACUAUCAAAUCCUCCUCACCAGUGAUCACAACAAUCUUGUCAUUCACAACAAAUUUCAAACACUGAUGGAGGGUAGAUGUCACAGCCCCAGCAGCAUGGAUCCAAGGACGACCCAAGAGGCAAGUGUAUGAAGGACUUAUAUCCAUGACAUAGAAGGCAAUAUAGAACAUGUGAGGACCAAUCAAGACAGGCAGGUCAAUUUCUCCUUCUACAGACCUUCUAGAACCAUCAAAUGCUCUAACACUCAUAGUGCAUGGUCUCAUCAUAAUCCCAUCCAUACUCAGCUUAAACAAAGUGGCCUUGGGCAUCACAUUAAGAGAAGAACCGGUAUCAAUCAGAACUCGAGACAACACAGCAUCCAGACACUUGACGGAGAUAUGCAACGCUUUGUUGUGUGCUCUACCCUCAGGUGGAAGCUCAUCAUCAGAAAAACCCAAACAAUUACCAGCAGCAAUGUUGGUCACAACCCCUUCAAACUGAGGCACGGUAAUGUCUUGAGUCACGUGAGCGGAAGCCAGAACUUUCAUCAGAGCAUCACGAUGAGCUUCAGAAUGUACCAAGAGAGACAAGAUGGAGAUCUUGGCUUGGGUCUGAUCAAGUUGGUCAAUCACUUUGUAAUCACUUUUCUUAAUGAUUUUCAAGAGUUGUUCGGCAUCUUGGGCAUUACGUGUUACAGGAGGAUCAACAGCAACUUGCUUUCCUUUUGCUUGUGUACUAGCCUCUUUGUUGGUCUCUUUAGGAGGCGGAGGAGGGGCAACGAAGAUCCUACCACUACGGGUAAUGCCACUAGUGCCAGUAAUAUUUGUGAUACUCGAAGUACCCACUGGAGGACAGUCAAACUUCUUCCCUCGAAUAUACACGGCAUUAUAACUCCAAGGAACAGCCUUAGAAUCAUUCACAGGAGAGGGAACAAGAGACGAGGUUGAAGGAGUCGAAGGAACAUUUGGAACCUGAAUAACCAACGGAGUCCUCGGAGCCUGAAUGACCAAAGGAGUACUCGGAGCAUGAAUGACCAAAGAAGUGUCCUGAGUCUUUGAUAUCUCAGCAGGGUAGUAAGGGAUCUCUAAAGUAGCCACAUCUUUGACAGGAACGACCCUUUCCACUCUAAGAACACCUUCAUCCAUUAAUUCCUGGAUUUCUUCUCUCAACCUAGUGCACUCCUCAGGAUUAGAAGAACAUUGCAAACAGUAGUCAUGUAGUUCACACAAAACCUUUUGUUGCAUAAGAUACUCUCUGACAACUGCUAGCGGCAUCCUAACCUCAUUAACAUCAUUUACCAGGAUCUGAUCAUCACAUAACUCAAUAGCAUUGGUCGUACCAGCAUGAGGAGGCAUAGGAUUAUUCUGCACAUUGGGACCAGUGGGGGCGAAUGAGAUAAGCUUGUCGUCAAGGAGGUCCUGAACCUUCAAUUUGAAUGCUCUACACUUUUCAAUAGUAUGGCCUGGAGCCCCUGAAUGAAAUUCACAUCGAGCAUUAACAUCAUAACCGGGAGGGAGAGGACUAGGCGGGGGUCCAAGUUCACGGAGUUGUACCAAUUGACCAGCAAGCAACUGAGGGAGAAGCUGAGCAUAUGACAUCGGAACCGGAUCGAUACGCCUAUCUUGGAAUCUUGUUCUUUGUGGGCCCCUUUGACCUUGAGGCCUAGGGUUCUGUUGACGAUUCUGAGGAGCAGCAGCUUGUUGUUGUGGUACGAAAGGCUGUUGAGGUGCCGUCCAUGGUUGUGGAAGAGCAGCAGCAUAUGCCUGAGGGACAUAUGGGCUAGGAACAGCAUAAGGCAUCAGAUAAUAAGGAGGUGGAACAGCAGAAUAUGCAGGAGCUCGGCCUUGGUCAACAGAAGCGGUGCUAGUCUCACCUUCCUUCUUCUUCACAAACCCAGAAUACGGCUUCUUACCAUUACCACUUGAGUUGCUAGGAUUAGUAACACCUUGAAUGGUACCAGCUUUGACACAGUUCUCAACCCUCUCACUAAUGAUGACCACAUCCGAAAAAGAAGGAGAAGUAUUACUAACCAUGUGCUGAAGAUACGGCCCUUUCAGAGUCCCCAUAAACAGAUCAAUCAACUCUCGGUCCAAUAAAGGAGGUUGGACUCGAGCAGCAAGUUCACGCCACCUCUGGGCGUAUUCCUUAAAAGACUCUUCAGAUUUCUGUGACAUAUUUUGCAGCUGGGCACGGCUAGGAGCCAUAGCAGUAUUGUAGUGGUAUUGUUUUAAGAAGGCAUCAACAAGUUCUCCCCAAGUACUGACAUUAGAUCUCUCGAGUUUCAUAUACCACUCCAACGGGGCUCCAGUGAGACUAUCCUGGAAGAAAUGCAUAAGCAGAGGUUCGUUCUCAGCGUGAGCGGCCAUCUUACGGCAGUAGGAACGAAUGUGAGUCUCUGGGCAGGUAACUCCCUUGUACUUAUCAAAAUCUGGCACCUUGAACUUCGGGGGAAUAACAAUCCCAGGUACCAAGCACAUAGCAGCAGUGUUAAAGCUCGAAGUUUUAGCAACCUCAACAGCCUUAAGGCGUUCUUCAAGAGCUUGGUACAUCUUAGCGGUCUCAGUCAACUCAGCAGUAAGAUCGUGUUCAAGAUCAAUAACCUCAUGGUGGUCGUCCACUACCUUCAGUGUCUCAUUAAUAGGAGUCUCUUUAGUUUUCACCCCUCCGUCAGCAGAAUUGGUAGGAGUAUCUUUGACCAAACUAGCGACACUCUUUCUGAGUUCAUCCUGUCCUUGAACAACGACAUGGAGAGUCUCCAUAAGUUGGGCCAUUCUUUCCCCCAUAACAUCCAUAUCCCUACGGAGGGCAGCCUGAUUCUGUUCAAAUUGUUCCAUGAUUCUCUCGUUGCUCCGGGUACGGUAAGGAUGUAAGAAAGCCAGCUUCGUCGUCGGGAAAGAAAUCUGUCGCUGUAAGGGACCCCAAUUAGUUUCUUGUACAAUAACCUGAAAAAUGCAAUGUGAUAAUGUGAAUGUAUGAGUGCAUGUGUGCGUAUGACGUGAUGUGCCAUUUUCAGAGUAUCCAAGAUUUAAUAUUGAUCCAGAAUAGCUAACAAUGUGACAAAAGAUAAGUAUCAAGAGAAACUAGUUCUUUUUUAUUCAUAACAGAAAUUUAAACUUGGGCAGGCCAUACAUCAACAAGAUAGUUCAACAAGGGAAAUAAAAGACCCCAUCCAACAAGUCUGGGGGUGGUCGAAACAUACAGACUUAAACAUCAAUCCAUCUGAAUAUAAAACAGAGGUCCUCCUUGUCUGAAGUGCUCAUCGCUCCACUUCUUAGUUUCAUUAAACAGUUUCUUGGUUGCUUCUCGAUCUCUUCCUUUAAGGAGGCUUUGGAUCACCUCAUCUUUGCGAAACAAAUGCCCAUCUAGCUUCUUGCAGCACUCCCUGAGUUCAUCACAUCCUUUGCAUUCUGGGAGAUAAUCUUUCUCAGAUAUGUCCUCCAUCAUUCGAUCUCUGAGCUUGGCAUUUUCUUCUGUUAGUCGAGUAUUACGGAGGUGACUUCCUUUCAGUUGAGUCUCAAUUGCCAUUCUUUUAGUGGUCUCUUCUUCCAGUUUCUUUUUCAGAUUCUUCACUUCAACUCUAGCAUCCUUUUCUAUCUUGAGCUUAUAAGCUUUCAAGUCUUCUCGGUACUCUCGCUUGAGUUUCUCUUCUGCCUCUUUCAUGGCCCUUUUUAGGAUUUUCUGGUGAUCCUCAACAAUAACAGUAGUAUCUUUUUCACCUUUUUCGGUUCUAGCCCUCUUUUGAACUCUGGAAGAUCCUCCCUUCAGCAUUUUGGCUUCGUAUGUCAACUCAACUCUUUUCUGAUCCACAAGACAAUGUUUCGGUUGCGCAUCUGACUUCUUUUCGUGCAAUUGGGUGCACUCCAAAUCUACCUGGGUACGAUUCUCAGCAGGCAUAGUGGCAAUUGGAAUCUUAGGUGGUUGCUCGUACAAUGGGUUAACCUUCGGGAAAGGCAACAGGCGAUCUUUAACUCUAUUUUCAACCCAAUCUGUGUAGGCUUGUUUGGCAACGGCAUUCUUUUCACCUAGAGAAAUCUGAUCAUCUGUAUGGAUGCUAUUCCAGGCACUCUUCACUUUUUCUAGACCCUUUGGAUUGGUUCCCUUUUCAAAGCAAACGGAUUCGAAUAUCUCUUUGUCCAAAGGCUUGUCUUCAAGUGCAAAACCCAACUGACGCAACGCUAGCUUAGGAUUAUAAUUGAUAACACCUUUUGUUCCUAUGAGAGGAACGUUGUCAAAAGUACCACAGCUAGUUAUAACUUUCUCCACGUCCAUUCCAGUGGGACACCAGACAAUGUCAUUUCCGGUAAGCCCCAUGAUCCUUUGAGGCCAUUUCUGAGUAGAAGUAAUGAAAGGACCACUUGUAGGUAAGUGGGACUUAAACCAGGUGUAUAACAACGGCAAACAAUUUCUUAUGGCUCCUCCUUUCCCAUAUCGAGAGUGAAUGGAAUAGUACGUAUCGGCUAGCAAAGUAGGGAUCGGAUUCUUAUCCACGAAAAGACAUAUAGCGGCCAGAUCAACGAACUUGUGAAUGUUAGGGAACAUCACGAUCCCAUAGAUCAAAACGGCCAGAAGGGCGUUGAAAGCCUCCCACAUCUUUUUGUUGGCCAACUCCUGGGCCUUCUCAACCAAGAAACUCAUAUAGAAACCAUGGGUGUUACCAUUCUUCUUCCAAUUCCCAAGGACGUCUUCUAUGCUCAAAUAAAGAGCGUUGGCAAUGUUGUCCAAAUCAGGUUUCUCUGGGACACAAACGAAAGGAACCUUGUGUUGAACCUUGAUAUUGAGAAAGUAAGAGUACUCCUCGAGAGUGGGAGCUAACUGAUAGCCUGAGAAGGUGAAACAACGCAAGUCAGGAUCAUAGAACUGGAGAAGAGUAGAUAAACCCCAUUCGUCGACGUGUGAGUCCAAAAGAGUCAAGAUGUUUCCAUAAUUCUCAGUGAACACAGUUUUAUUAGGACCAGUGAUCAAUCCACCCAAUUGCCCCAACUGAAUCAAGCCUUCGCGAUGGAAACUGUAAGUGUGAGUACGCCUUGUAGCUUCUCUGGUAGCGGUCACGUUGUUAGCCAUCCUGGGUGAAAAGUAAUAACCUCGGAUACCCUGAAAAAUGGCAUGCAUAUGAGAAAUAAUACUAUUUUCUUUUUUUCUUUUUUCUUUUUUAUUACAUCUUUUCUUUUUCUUUUUUUUUUUUUGAAAAUAAAUAUGCCAUGAUGAAAAUGAUGCAAUGGAGGUUCCCCCAAUAUGAGAGAGUUGUUGUGUCGUCUUUGAGCAGAAUCACAUGUCAUAAGGUCAAAGGUUCGGCAUAGGUGCCACACAGCCAUAAGAACAAUAGUCACCAACGGUACCUGUCAUGUAUAUCCCUCCCCACUCACAGGUGAACCUAGACACGGACAAGUGGUCCCUAAUGGUCGCCAGGAAUUUCGAACAAACAAUGAGAGCGCCUGCCUACGGCCAUAAGCAUGCCGGACAGAGAUCGCCCCACCGAGUUCUCUCCUGGUUGUGGUAUGUUAUGCCAACUCUACGUGCCAAGCGCCACGAGAGCCAACAUAACUAUCCACGCUAAACUAAGUGUAUGCUCGGUCUGGGUAAUGGACCUUUUACCUCAUAGAACAUCCCACCCAACCUGCAAAACAGAACAGAAGACCCCAAGGAACACAGAAUAUAAUCCAUAUGCAUGAUGUGCAAACAGAAAUAAACAUGAUAUGCAAGCAGAAAAAUAAACAUGCAAACAUAUAUACAAGGUAUAGACAUAAACAAAUAAACACCCAGUAAAUAAACAAACAAACGCAGGCUAGGAUCGACUCGCUAAGGAUGGACCAGCAACAGGUCUAGCAACAUCCCCAGCAGAGUCGCCAGCUGUCGCACGCUCGCGAAAAAUGAACAGAGUCGCCACCAAUAUAUUUAUCCCAUAAGGGAAAGGAAUAUCAGAAAACCUAACAAAGGAAGGAACAGGGUCUUUCGACCAGAGAAUCAAGGUACGGGAGUCGGUUACGCAAGGGGAAGGUAUUAGCACCCCUCACGCCCAUCGUACUCGAUGGUAUCCACCUACGUUUGUUUCUAUCUAAAGGGUGUGUAUCUAUGUCUAUGUCUAAAUGCGAAAUGAAUGCAAAAUGUAGGGAAAAUAAAGAAUUGUACUCGCACGGGCCCUACCCCGCUGCCUACGUAUCCUUUUCAGGAAUCAGAGUUACCGUAGCUCGGCUAAAGAUUUUCUGUUUGUUUUUGUGUUUUUUAGUUGGGCGGCGUUAACGCUCACGCUCUUGCACAAGGGGACAGCCUAGGAUGCAAUGGAGCGGAGAUAACUUGCCCUUAGAAAGGAGAAAAAGAGAUUGGUUUGUAUCUUUUAAGGGUAAUUCCAUGAUGACGAGAACCCACUACAAGGUCUCGCAUCACUUCCUCACUUUUGUUUUAAGUCUGAACAUUUAUUAGGUUUUUUGAAGUGUUUUUGGUUGGUGUUUUUUAAGGGGAUUUAAUUUGUGACUUAGAUCAUACCAAAAAGAGUUUUGUUUUGCAUAUUUAGAGAACGCACAUCGAGGCCUACGCCACAAUCGUUUCUCUAAAUAACGGUUAAGAAAUACAUCGAGGUUUCACACCUCAAUCAUUUCUUCUCCGCUAAGUAAAGGAGAUACAAAAAGAGUUUUUUUGUGAAUAUUUAGAGAAUGCACAUCGAGGCCUACACCACGAUCGUUUCUCUAAACAACGGUUAAGAAAUACGUCGAAGCUUCACACUUCAACCAUUUCUUCUCCGCUAAGUAGGAAAGAACAUACAUCGGGGCCUACACCCCAAUCAUUUCUUUCCUACUAUGAAAUAUAGUAACGGUAUGAUCUUCAUCGAUAUUUAUUAAGUAUUUUAAAAGUCGAAAGGGAAAAGAAUGCAAGAGGGGAACUAUUUCUAAAUCUAGUCUAAGUUGUCUAUACAAGGGAAUUAAAAUGAUAAACUAUACAAUUUAUUAACAACAAAAAACUAUACAUGGAAUAGGUAAAAGAAAAUCAAUAUGCGACAAAUAAAAUUGAGAACUAUAACAAACAAUCGAUAUUCACAAGCACACAUACAUCUAUUAAUUCUAUACAAAAAAACGAGACUAAAAAAAAGUUCCUAAUUCUAUUAGAGAAUUUAUUUACAAGGAAGUACUUCAAACAUAUCGUAAAGAAGAAGUUUAUUAAAAGGACUAAAAACAAUUAAAAAAUAUAACAAAAAUCGUGACAAUUAUUUACACACCCUAAAAUAUCUAAAACAAAUUUUUAUUGGUUUUUUAUUUGAGUAAAAAAAGAAUUAUGAGCUAAAAGUUAAAAGAAGGCAAAGAUAUGAAAUCUAAACAGGCAGGGGGGUGUGAUAGCAAUUUCUUAUGAACUAAAAUUAGUUAUGAGGCAGAAACUGGGCCUAAUCAGUGGGGUGUGGAUCUCAAGGGCGCCCAGGGCCCAAUCCAGAGCGUGGUGGUGUAUUAGCAGUGAGGGAGUGUCAUCCAGAAACGGGCAAGGCCCAGAGCGUGUGGCCCAAACACACUCUUCUUCAAUUAUCCUUUUAUUAUAUUCCACUUGCAUUACUCAGCAUUAUUCCAUUUUUUGUCAUUAUCAUGUGGUUGCAAUAUUAUUCAUGUAAUAAAACGUGACAUGCAUAGCUCAGGAGAAGAAAUCAAUUGGUCAAUUGUGUUUUAAGUGACUAGCAAACAAAAACAAAGCUGAACCAAUCACACUGCGACACGUUACCUGCCAAUCAUUUAAGAUAAAACGCACCAAGACAAAAAGGGGAGUGAUCCAAUGGUGUGGCGCCACCUCAGCGAAAUAGAAGUGAACGUGAAAACAUGCAGACGCCGGAAUUCACUAUUCCGGUCGUCUUCCCCAACUCUCCUCUCGCCGGAGAUACAUGAAACUGCCCAGAAAUUAAAGUCGCGGCCACCAAUCGACUCGGUUCUUACCACUGAGUCCAAAUCUGCCAUUCUUUUGCAUUGAUUCUAUGUCUAUUCAUCAAACCGAAAGGUUUUGCAAAACGCUAAUUUACGAAACUUCAUGGAAGCGAAAGAUUUCUACGUCACGCUAAUCCUCAUGUUGCGCAGAGAUCAAGCAUACGAUUAAACGUGCAAAUAGUAGGCAUUUGGCAUAAGAUGAAUCACAUCCAAAAAUCACGAGACUUUCAUAUACUUUCAACACACAGAUGCAUACAUGAUGUUACUCCUAAGAGAAUCUGAGAGAGCUUACCUUCAAGAUCUUGAAUGAAAACUCCAGAAGACUUUGUGAUCUUAGGCUUGGGAUUAUGAUGAUGCAAUUGCCGUAGGUCCUUGGCGUUGGUCUUCACGGUAAACUCAUUUCGGAGAUCUUGCGGUAUGCACUAGAAUGAUGGAGAUUCGUGAAUCUUGACAGCGUUUGGUAGUGAUGACCCUCGCGUCUUCAGGAUUGAUAAUGAGGUGAUGAAGUCUAAUGGAGAAUGCUGAAAGUGAUGAUGAUGAUCGUAGAAGGUUGAGAGUGUGGUUAUGGAGGUUGUUGAAGUUGGUGGAGAAUGGAGGUUGUUGGUGAAGGUUGGUUAUGGAAGUGGAAAGUGGUGGUUAUGGUGGUUGAAGUUUGUUACAAUUUGUAACAAACUUUGAAGGAGGAUGAGAAGAGAGAACCGAGAGAGGGAGGGGAGAAAGUGAGGAGAGGGUUUUUUGAAAGUGAGAGAAUCCGAGCGUCUGUGAGUUGUGAAGAGUUUUUGUUUUUAUAUGGUGCAUGAGGUGUAUGGGAGUUAUAGUGUGGGUGAGCUACAGUGUAGCAUUGUGCAUGGCCUUGUAGUAAGGUGAUGGUGUAUGUAUAUUGCAUGGGCCUACGCGCGUAUGACUUGGACCUAGAUACUGUUCUUAGGGAAACAUGACAUGGCUAGAACAAGACUUUGAGGAUCCAUAUCUUGCCCAAUAUACAUCCAUUUGGAGCACCCCGCGGCUUGUUUGAAAGAGGGUAUUGCAGGGAGUGACUUAGAAUCAAGUUUGGUCCAUAUGGGAACUCGUGGAAUCUGAAAAUCAAAUCCAAACUCCGCCCACCACGUGUUUGUUAUAAUGACGAGCGUGACCUGGAAUCCUGGCUUGACUGAAUGUGUGAUAUGAGCUUUGCGAGGGCACGACUUUGAAGACUCAUACUUGGUUCAAUACUCAUCCAAAUGGAUUAAUUCUUGUUUUAUUGUGUAAAGGGCACGGAGGAGAGUAGAACCAUACCAAGUUUGGGUUCAUAGAACAUCUGUAUAGCUCAAGAAAUUGAUUCCAAUAUGGCACGCCAUGUGUUUGACAUAAUGCUUACGCGUGUCCAGAUAUUUGCCCAGCUUUAUGACUUGAUUCAGAUGAAAAACUUCAACUUAAAACUUCAAUAACUCUUCAACCAAGAAUCAAAUGAAAAAGUGUCCAACUACAAAGUUGUUCUCCUCCAUGAGAGGAACAACUUUGAUGUUGGGAACUUUUCCAGAAAAUGUCAUUUGCCACGUGUAAUUAUGCUGUGAAGUAGGCUGAUCAUCAAGCUUUUAAAGGCCAAAAUUUUUCUAAGUAUGAAAACUUUCCAUUUUUGAUUUUUCUCUAUUUUUGGCAACUUUUGUCAAACUCCUGAUUUUAUCCAUUCUUUGACUUUUCUUGACCGAUUUUCCACCAAAAGUCAAUAUUUGAGUAAUUCUUCUGAUUUUGACCCAAAAGUCAACUGUUCUGAUUUUUCCGACUAUUGAUGAAAUUCCUGAUUAAACCCCCUCCAAUCAAUUCCAGUCACACAAACACCUCCACAAGGUCAGCAUGAGAAGUUUCCCACACAUAGAAGCCAUCCAUGAUUAAAUGUUGACCAGAAAGUCAACUGGUUGACUUUGGUCAAAGAAUCCUUGAUUUAAAGAACCAGACGGUUUGCAAGUUUGCACUCUUCAAUCAAUGCCCUGAUUUGAAGCAGAGAGACACCCCAAUCCAGGAGGACUUUAAUGAACAUAGAGCCACAUGAUUACACCUCAGAUCCACACAUUUGGUAGGAAGUCCUCUGCCAUAAAAGAUAUCCAUUGCUAGUCUCUGAUUAAUACCAAUGAUAUGAAUGCAUGAGUUGUAUUAUGACCUAAAUGGUGUAUGCAUGUGAAUUAUAAGCCAGAUGAAUAAGGGUAGGACAAAUUUGGGGUAUGACAAGGGGGCUCUGGUAUAAACUCUUGAUUCCCUACCAAUGCUGACCGAGAAAUCUUCAAGAUAGGCUGAGAAACUUCUUCCAUUUGUUGUUGCUUUCGAGCUUUUGAAUCACUUGAAGCCAUUGUUGAGAGAUUUUGUAAACUGAAGUUUUCGGUUUGUUUGGAGAAGAAAGUAGGGAGAGUUUGAUGACUGAGAGUUGCAGAAAUUUGAAGAAAGUGUUUCAAGUGAGUUACUUAUAGAGGGAAGGAUCACCGAUUGUGCUUCUGCAAAAUUAAAUGACAAAAAGAUAGUGGGGCACAUGUGAAGACGUGAUAGGUGGUGCAGGUGGUUGCACAACUUACGACCUUACUAUGACUCAUCAUGACUAUGACGUCAUGAGUAUAAGGACAUUAAAAGGUCCAUACGUCGAAAUUGAAAGUUUGCAAGAAAUGCCUAUUUCUAGGGAUGGCAAGCAGACUCAAACCCGCGGGGUCCACCCGCACCCGAACCUGAGUCAACGGGUGAAAGCCCGAGUUGACUGGGUUUGGAUUCGGGUGUCAUCUGAUAUUUCGGGUGCGGGUUUGGGUAGUGUGAAACCCGCACCCGAAACCCAAA